CGGAGCAUAGCAGCCGCAGGAUAGAGAGAGAGAGAGAGAGAGAGAGAGAGAGAGAGGCAGCAGAGGCGGAGAGUGGGGAAGGAAGGCGGCCGGAAGAGCAGAAGCCAGGAGGAAGGAGAAGAGCGCGGCGGAAGAGGAAGCGGAAGCGAGCGAGGAUGCCUUGCCUGAACGUGUCGACGAACGUGAACCUUGAUGGGGUGGACACCUCCUCCAUCCUCGCCGACGCCUCCAAGACCGUCGCCACCGUCAUCGGCAAGCCUGAGGCCUACAUGAUGGUUGUUCUCAAGGGUUCAGUGCCUAUGUCAUUUGGGGGUACCCAGGAGCCUGCCGCUUAUGGUGAGCUUGUUUCCAUUGGAGGGCUGAAUCCUGAUGUCAAUAAGAAGUUGAGUGCUGGCAUAGCUUCUAUCCUGGAGUCAAAGCUGUCCAUACCCAAGUCCCGCUUCUACCUCAAGUUCCACGAUUCAAAGCGCUCAGACUUUGGUUGGAACGGCUCCACCUUCUAGAUUUAAGGUCCAUGGCUUCACCGCAGGAAAUUUGGGUUAUCUAAGUCAUACUCAUUGCCUAUUAAGGACAAUUUCGUAAGAUAACUGUGGGAAGUGAGAAUUAUUAUGUGAAACUGGGACACGGACGUGUUUGAAUGCAACUUAGCAUGCUUGUGGUA